AUGACUCUCACCCUCACCUUCUUCCUCCUCAUCCUCCACUGCUUGCCUCCGCCUCCCCCGAAGAGGUCCGAUCAAACCUCGAGUUCAGAAAAAUCAUCAAAUCCGACCCUUCCGACCUCGUCUUCUCCUCAAGGUUCCGCCUCCGCCUGCUAUGACGACUUAUACGACGUCGUCUGCUACACCACCGCCUCCACCAUGGUCGUCGUCGCUCUCGACGGCCUCGACCUCACCUGUGAACUGAAAUUCCGGAUCCCUGCUCGCAGAUCCGUCAUCUCCACUGAUAGAGUUUGUCCAAGGCGGUGUGAGUAG